CAGUCUUUCCUUGACCAAAAUUAAUUAAUUUCGGGAGCUAACGCGAUUAACCUUAAGUGAUGCUGAGCUGGCCUUCCCCCUUCCCGGUGCAAAUUGAUAUCAACGCCAAGAUCUCCGCCGAGGACGAAGGGAAAAGUGGCGCGACAACGUACAAACUCGAUGCACAAUCAUUAGUUUCAUUGGAUGGGCUCCACAUGACAAAUGCUGAAUGAUACGAUCUACAGGAGAGGAGGUGAUAAACAUUGGUCUAUGCAUUCGUGGGUGGUCGCGGCAGAGCAUGAGAUGGCAUACGUCAACACGGGUCAGCAUUGAUCAGUACUAGGCAUUGCCAUGGCAAAUAUAAAAUAGAGACACAUUCCCCUCCUAUUCGUUUCUUAUUAUCAUCUUAUCUUGAUUUAUUCUUCUAUAAGAGCAAACAGUCCUUGCUUUAGACAAAGAAAAGCAGUUCAAUCUCAUCCUUCGCUCCUUGAAGACUUAUUGAACCAGAAUGACUCUCCAGACUAUCACGCUCUAUAGCCACAGAACCGGCCCCAAUCCAUGGAAGGUCGUCAUGAUUCUCGAGGAGCUGUCGCUCUCAUACAAGAAUCACUUUUUCGAAGAUUUGGCCGACUUGAAAAAGCCUGCCUACGAGAAGAUCAAUCCCAACGGACGCGUUCCUGCUAUCGAGGAUCCCAAUACGGGAAUCACCCUCUGGGAGUCCGGUGCAAUUAUUGAAUACCUCAUUGACACGUACGACAAAGACAACAAGCUCAGCUUCACUUCUUUCCCGGAGAAGUACCUUACCAAGCAAUGGCUAUAUUUCCAAGUUUCCGGCCAAGGUCCCUACUACGGGCAAGGCGGGUGGUUUUCCAACUUCCACCCAGAAAAAUUGCCCUCGGCCAUUGAGCGAUACCAAAAUGAAAUCCAGCGAGUUCUGGGCGUGCUCGAUCAUGCUCUGGAAGGGAAGCAGUAUCUUGUUGGCGAAAAAUGCACAUAUGCAGAUAUUUCUUUUGUGAGCUGGAACUCGCUCUUGCCCUGGCUCUUGACUGGCGUCGAGGUGGAUAUUGCCAAGAAGUUCCCCAACUAUCAUGCAUGGAACGAGCGCGUCACUAACCGACCGGCCGUGCAAAAGACCAUUGAGGUGAAGAAGGUGGCCAUGGCAGAGGGAAAGAAAUGAAUCAAAGCGCAACGAGUGACGAUCUUGUGAGGAUCAGACACAGCUGAGUCGACAUCAUCAUUGAAUACAGUAGCUAAGGGAGCUUUGUCGAUGGAGUGCAACACUAGUUACUUUCUGCAAUGCUGUUGAAAUACAAUCAUGGUAGCGACAGAAUGACCCAAGCUCUGUGAACGGACAAUGAAAGUGGUACUUAUCCUAUAUGUGUGAAUAAAACCGCAGUG